GAAAGAAUGGAGAAUCACAAUGGAUGUACCAGUUACAUUAAUCCAUCGGGGAGUCACUCCGUAACUCCAACUAAACCUUUGUUCUGGGAGGAUUGGAUGAAUUUCGGCGGACCAAUAAGGAAAAAUUCGAAUUCAUACUAUUCUGAUAGUGAAAAUUCAAACCCAAGAUCACUACCAAGCCCCGAAGAACUGACCAGGCCAUUUUCCAAUUCACCAUCACCCCAUGGUUUUGUUGAAAAACCCUUAUCAUUAGCGAUGAAAUUCAAAUUCGACCAAGGAGCAUCUACUUCGUCCAACGUACCUUGUCAGCAAUUUCCCAGUCAGAGGAGCCCAUCUCCUGACUUGAAGUCAAGCCCCACCGUAAGAAUCGCCAAGCUAAAAGAGAAGUGUCAAAAGAAGAAAAUGAAGAAAGAAAUGAAUAAAAUGGAAUUUUUACGACAGAAUAUGCCGGCUAGUGGCUCAUCAAAACAAGUUUACCAGCAUAGAGAGUUAAAUCAGUCACCAGUUCCCUCAACAUCUUCAAUGGAAAACUAUCAUCAAGAGCAAUCAAUUCCGACCAAUGUUUGUCAAAACGAUGUAAACUUGACAAGUCCUAAUAACGUCGGUACGCCAACUCCCACUAAAAGUUCUGUUGUUUAUAUGAAAAAACGUAAUUCCCGAAGAAAAAAGCCCGCCAAAUUCACUUACACGAUAUUGACACAGGAAGUGUACGAAACGGCGCCUGGGUUCAAGAUUCCACGUUACUCAAAAGGAAUAAUUUCAAGGGUUACGUGCAAGUUUUGUAAGUACUCAUUUGAUACAAAACAUGAAUUAUGGAUUCACUUUAGAAAACAUGUGCCACCGAAUAAACUUUAUGAGUGUCCGGAGCCUUAUUGUGCCUUCGUCACCGAUCUCAAUCAUCAUCUCACUUAUCACAAGUGUUUGCACCAAGGACUACGGGAAUUCUUAUGCAGUAAAUGCAAUUACACCGCUACCAACAAAGCAAUGUUGAGAAGUCACGAAAAACAGCAUAUUGAUUUUUAUUUCUACAUCUGCAAAGACUGUCAUUAUGGAAACAAAUACGUUAACAAUUUUAAAAUUCAUCUGCAAGCUAGAGGACAUAAAGUUGGAAAAGUUUUUGAUAUAGAAGGAAAUGAAAUUGACAAAGAAAUUGAUGUUUACGGAAAGAAACGAGGCCCUAAAACAAAUAAAAAAAAUAAAAAAGAUAAAACUUCUAUGGGAGCAAAUCGAAAACAGAAGCCAACUGUUAAGACACCUCCAAUUUCAUCCGAGUGUCUUAAUGAUAAUCUGCUUCAGGAAAAUCUUAAUGAAGCCCAAAAUCUUGGACGACAGGAUGCUCAGUUGGGAAGCAUAUCACCAACCAUAGAAAAUCACAAUGCAAAUCCUAUGUAUUUACAAAGUAUCUUACCAUCUAUGUCAAACUCUUCAGGCUCUCAGAUGGAACCGACCAACUACUCAUCAAUAGUCAAUACACCUUUGAACUUCGGCUUGUUACUUGCGAUGACAAUGAUGUCUACUUCUACUAUAAGACCUACAGUUGCAAAUCCUAUGGAAAUUUCUUCAGACGAAGUUGAAGAAACUCAAGCUUUGAAUUUGUCGAUGAAGGACUCUAACAACGAGUCCUCAAACACCGGUCGAUCCUCCGGCGCUAGCAAACGCAAGGGCACGACUAUCAUCAAGUACGUUAGUAAACAAGAGUAGUAGAAGAUCACAUGACAUUACCUGUGAAAAUCAUCCACAGCACUACCUGUUAAUUAGGUCCC